AUGGCCACCAAAGAUGGAGCUUCUGGACAGGCCUUCGGCCCCGUCCUAGCAGCCGUUGCGACCAUGCAGGGAAAUGUUUCCCGCAGCGAGAAAACACAGGCUCAUGAGUUCCUGGAGAAGUUCCAGAAAUCUGUCGAAGCCUGGACGAUUACCCAUGACUUAUUGCAGUCUCCUGACGUACCCGUGGAAGCCAAGUUGUUCGCCGCAACCACCCUGAAGGGGAAGAUUAUCUUUGACUUGGAUCAAUUGCCAGCUGAAUCAACUGUCGCUUUGAGAGACUCGGUUAUGAACCUCCUCGUCGCCUUCGCCUCCGGCCCUCGACCAAUCCAGACGCAGCUCUGCGUGUGUCUGGCCAGCUUGGCUAUUCAGAUGCUUCAGUGGAAGGAUGUCCUGGCCACGGUGGGCGCGGCAUUGGGCAGUAAUGCGGGCGACUGCGUCCUGGAGUUCCUGCGAAUUCUCCCCGAGGAAGUCACAGAAGGUCGCAAAAUCAAUCUCAGUGAAGAGGAUCUCAACACCAAAACGAAAGAGCUCCUGGAAGACAACGCGGACCAGGUGAUGCACCUCCUGAUCCAAUACGCUCAGUCGUCACCUUCUGCGGCGACCAACCCUCGUCUCCUGGACUGCAUUACCUCGUGGAUGCGCGAAAUCCCCUCUGCAAAGAUCGUCGAGUCGCCCUUGAUGGACGUCAUUUUGAAGGCUUUGGACGAUGAUCGCUCCUUCGAGUCUGCCGUGGAUAGCAUGUGCGCCUUAUACAGAGACACUUCGGAGGUGGAUGACUCCCUAUCACUCAUCCAAGCGUUAUACCCUCGCGUACUGUCCUUGCGCCCCAAAAUUGCGGAGGCUGCAGAGGCGGAAGACACGGACGCAUUCCGAGGGAUCACCCGACUAUUUGCGGAAGCAGGCGAGGCCUGGGUGGUUCUUAUUGCCCGCAUGCCGGUACAGUUCCGGGGUCUUGUAGAAGCCGUCCUGGAGUGCUGUGCCCGUGACUGGGAACGCGACGCAGUAUCUCUGACUUUCGUCUUCUGGUACGAGCUGAAACAAUACGUCACGUUGGAGCGAUACACAGAGGCACGGGCAAAUUUGGCCGAUAUAUUCUCCCAGUUGGUAGAUAUCAUGGUCAAGCACCUCGAAUAUCCCCGUCCCGAAGAAGGCGAGACGGAUCUGUUCGGUGGUGAUCGGGAGCAGGAAGAGAAGUUCAGGCAUUAUCGGCACUCGAUGGGAGACGUGCUGAAGGAUUGUUGCUCCGUCAUUGGCGUGGCGGAAUGCCUGAACAAGGCUUACCAGUUGAUACAGCAAUGGAUCUCCAAGUAUGCCGCGCAGUCCAGCGAUGAGCAUGUGCCGAACUGGCAGGAACUUGAAGCGCCUCUCUUUAGCUUGCGAGCUAUGGGGCGUAUGGUGGACCCUGAAGAGGAUUUGGUUCUCCCCCAGGUGAUUCCGUUGAUUGUGCAGAUCCCGAACCAAGAGAAGAUUCGCUUCCAAGCUAUCAUGGCUCUUGCGCGGUAUACGGAAUGGACGGCGCAACACCCCGAGACUCUCGAGGCUCAGCUGAAUUAUGUCAUCUCGGGCUUCCAACACAGUUCGGCGGAAGUGGUACAGGCUGCGGCGCUAGCUUUCAAGUUCUUGGGGACGGAUUGCCAGAAGCUUCUGGGAGGGCACAUUGCACAGCUGCACACGUUCUACGAGUCGGUCCUUGAUAAGUUGAAGCCGGCAAGUCAGGAAGAGGUGACCGAGGGAGUGGCUGCAGUUGUUGCAGUGCAGCCACUGGACAAGAUCUACGAGACUAUGAAGAUGUUCUGUGAUCCCAUCAUGAACCGCAUUAUGAACCUGGCGAACAACGCCAAGGAUGAACAGGGUCAGCGGGCUGUUGCCGAUCACAUCCAGUUGAUUACGACAUUCGUCGUAGUGGUCAAUCCCUAUGUCGGGCCAAAUCAAGAGAACCCCGCCGUCAAGUACUGUGGCGAGAUUCUACCAAUCAUGACGACGAUUGCCAUGAACUUCACUUCGUCCACGCCCAUCUUGGAGCGGGUUUGCCGCUGCUGGAGGAAUAUGAUCAUCUCCUACCGCACGGCCAUGACCCCUCUCCUCCCCACCUUAGCUCACAGUCUCGCCAGCGGGUUUGAGGCGUCCCGAGAGGGCUGCUUCUUGUGGGCCACGGAUGCCGUCGUUCGUGAAUUUUCAGAAGGCGCCGAGUUUGUCGACCCAGCCACCAGCCUUGCCGUCUUCCAGUUUUACGAGCAACAGGCGGUUGCAUUCUUGCGUACGCUGAAUGACCUGCCUCCGGAGAAUUUGCCCGACGUGAUUGAGGAUUUCUAUCGCCUUUCUUCGGAUGCUAUGCGGUACUAUCCCAAGGAAUGCAUCAACUCCUCUUUGGCGGUGCCAAUCUUCACUGCCGCCCUCAGCGCCCUCACGUUACAGCAGGUCGAUCCCCUCAUGGCCACCCUCCAUUACUAUCAUGAUCUCCUUAGCUUCGCUUUCGACAAGCCUGCGGUUUCAGGAUUCACUAGUUCUAAUGGCGAUCCAUACACGAAUCCGCCCGAGAUCCGCGAGGCUGUUAAACAGCUCAUAGCCUCGCAGGGUCAACUCUUGACGCAGCGGAUCCUCACCGGCAUGAUGUUCUCCUUUCCCGGAGAAUGCUUCGCUGACGCGUCAGGCGUGAUGAUGUCUAUGUUCGAAUUAAUGCCACACGAGGCCGGGUCCUGGCUGCAGAGAUGUGAUAUCAUUGGGCUAACUCGACGCCACGCGCAGAUUUUACGAACUCUUACCGGCGACGAAACGUGGCACCGCGAGAAGGUUUGGGCCGGCUCGAGGCCACGCGGUUCCGGUUUAGCGGAUAGGCACGAUCAAGAGCACGACCUUGAGGGGAACUGA